AUGGAACGCCUUAUGAAACAACUUACACUCGAGAGGGAAAAUGAAAGCAUCCUACAGAGGUAUUCAUCCAAUCAGGUGCAAGAUCUCAAAGAGGCAUUUCGGCUGUUUGACAAAGAUGGUGAUGGGUCGAUAACAACUGACGAGUUGGGGACGGUGAUGCGGAAUCUUGGUCAAUACCCAAACACCGAUGAGCUAAACAUGAUGCUAAAGGAAAUCGAUAUAGACGGUGAUGGAACAUUCAGCUUCGAGGAAUUCGUCCAAGUGAUGGCCAACAUGGGUGGUAUCAGUGAACAGUCAGAGGAGGACGAGGAGGAAGAGUUACGUCAAGCAUUCAGGGUAUUCGACAAAACAGGGUGCGGCUACAUCAGUGCCUCAGACCUUCGAGCUGUCCUACAAUGUAUGGGCGAAGAUCUCACGGAGGACGAAAUUGAUGAGAUGAUAGCAGAGGUAGAUAUUGACGGUGAUGGAAGGAUCGAUUUCGAAGAGUUUAUCGCCUGUAUGUGUGAGGACGGAGACGAUAACAAAAAAGGACAAAAAAAUUCCUCUGAUGAAACAAGUGCUUAA